CCUAUAAGUCUCAGCCAACGUCAUGCGCAGCCCCUAGAGGGUAGAGAGGAAACUGCAGCAAUGGCAAAAGCAGCAGGAGAAACACCACAGAAGGAAGGCCAGAAUGCACAAAGACAUGGCAAAGAGCAAGUCGCCUGAAGCAGUAGAAACAGAGUCCGGCACUGCUGUGGUGGAAGUUGGCUAAUUGUGAGUGGAAGUAAGCUGAACGAUACCGGGGGUGCUCAGUCUAAGUAGCAGAAGACCAUACAGAAACCAAAAGGUGUAGAAAUGAAGACGGCACUUACCCAGCAUUCAGGAAUCGGAGGCGCAGCAGCUGGCAAAAAGAACAGGACCUGGAAGAACCUGAAACAGAUUCUUGCUCUAGAAAGGGCAUUGCCAUGGCAACUAAAUGAUCCGAGCUAUUUUAACAUUGAUGCCCCACCUUCUUGCAAGCCUGCAAAGAAGUAUUCAGACAUCUCAGGACUUCCUGCUAGUUACACCGACCCACAAACCAAGCUGCGGUUCAGUACAAUAGAGGAAUUCAAUUACAUCAGGAUGCUUCCCACAGAUGUUGUCACUGGAUACUUGGCUCUAAGAAAAGCAACCAGCAUAGUACCAUAACAACUAUGAUCAGCAUUUUGCCAUUUAUUGGUUCAAACAAUGGAUUUUUCCAUAAUUUUAUUUCUCUUGAAUGACACAGCCUAAAAUACACAGUAUUUACUAAGAGGCACACUGCAGAUUUUUAUGUAAUCCUUGGAGUUGAGAUUUAAAGGAGUACUCCGGGAAAAUAAACGUUACCCCUUUCCACUGGAUAAGUGUCUGAUGAUCAAGGUGGGUCCAACCGCUGGUCUGGCUGAGGGGGGCCGUCACUUUUGCUUGUUUUGGAAGGAGGGGAGCACUCUGGGAACUGAUAGGUAUAGUGGUGAAAGUAAAGCACUGUAGGGAGAUUGCGGGGAGUCCAGCAGUCAUACUACCCAUGAUUAGACACUUAUCCUCUAUUCUGUGCAUAAUGGAUAAGUUUAUUUCACCAGAGUACCCCAGUUCCAAUGGAAGUUAAAAACUGUGGAUGUGUAGCUAAAACAUAUUCGCCCCUUGGAAUAAAGUGUAGAUCAGCAGCAACAUUCUAAAAUACCUCAGUAAUACAGAGACAUCGGUAAUACCUGGUGUCGCCUAGUAAUACCUGUCACCUAGUGUCACCAUUCCUGAAGGUCGCUUUGAAUGUUUAGUAGCAGAUUUUGCGUUUUGUAUUUUUUGUGGAUGUUCUCCACACAAUCAAUAUACAGCGCAUUCAUUUUUUCCCAUUUUAUGUUGUAGCCUGUGCUAAAAAUGUUUUUCCCUCAUUAAUCUUCAGCCAAUUCCAUGGAGAAUGUGAAAACAGAAUUUUAGAAGGUUUUUUUCAAAUUUAUUAAAAAGUAAAAACUAAAA